CCUUGUGCGGUGCCAUUUUGUGUGUAUAACCCAGGCCGGACAGUCUUGGACCAAAAGAUGCGGUAACGAUAACAGGUUGUAACAAGUCAGAUCCAUAGAAGGUGGUAAUUUCUACAUUUUUAUUUGUGUUAAGUUGUGUAUUUAUGGACAUAGACAAUGAAGUUGGCGGUAGUGUCGGUGUAUAAUGUCUUAUAUCGAGUGAAGGAUCGUUAGCUCACGUUAUGUAAAUCUCACCCAAAUCGUGAUAACAUUCCUACAAAUCAAGUCACAUAUUACCCUUCUGUUAGUUAUAUGGAUUUUAAAUUGUUAGUAAAUACAAACUGAUAUUUAGUAGUUGGUUUUCAGCGAAGCAAACUCGGCCAUGUUGUGCUUUGUUUGCUCUUUAGCUUUUUAGCAGUUUAGCAUUGUAUGUUGCUUUUCAUACUAUAUAUCGCAAGUGUAAUGCUAUAGCAUUUUCCAUAUUGAAUUACUCAUUUCCAUAAUAAAUUAAACCCAGUGUAUCCUUAGUUAACUAGCUAUUAAAUCCAUAAUCACAUUGUUAAUCUCUGAGAGAAAUUCACGAUACUUCAAUCAUGAGAAAUCGACCACGUCGUUUGGUUUCAUCCGCAUUUCAUGGUAUGAUAAUAUUUCAACCAGAUGACAGAGGGAUUAUGGUUUUAAAAGCAAAUCAUUUUGCAAUAGAACAAGAGAGGAACUCAAGUUGGGAAACGGCUCAUAUGAAAAAAACUAAUUUUAAAACAUGAUCCCUGUUCAAUAUCACAUUAAUUGGACUCUAGACUGACUCUCAUGCUGAUACAUGUUGGUGUGCAAUGUUUGUUUCAGGUUCUGAAAAGUUUACUCUGAAUGUGCAAUUGCUUUGUGAUCAUAGUGCUUGAAUGUAUCGUCAAAUAACUGAGUAACUUCUCACCCAUAUACCCACUUUAUGAAGUACGUGGGAGUGUUUUUUUGUUUCUUUUUAAAGGUUAUACAGGAAUUUCUUCUACAGCCCUGGCGAUAACUGGAUUUGGAUAAAGGCCACAAAUGGAGAAAUCUUCUAUGAAGAUUGGCUUUUUUGUUGUUUUUUAAAUCCCCACACACAAUUUUUUUUUAUUUAUUUUUUUAACUAAUUUUUUAAAUCUCCUUACCAAUCUUGAAAUUGCCACAAUGGGCGUGAAGAAAUAGAAGAUCCUCAUCUUUUUGUUCCCCCUACACACACAUGCACAAGAUUUUCAUUCCUGCUUCCCUGGCUGUCGCCUCCAACAUUUAGCUGGAAGAUUUUUGUCCCCUCACACAGCAUUUUAUUUUUUUUUUUUUUUUUUUUUUUCUUCUUUUUCAAAGAAUAGAAAUGGACUUUGCAUCACCAUUUAUUUGUUACAAAGCAAUCUAAGAUGAGCAAGUUUCUCAGUGACGAAAGCCUCUCUCAUCCCAUUCACUCUUAACUCAUCGGUCAAGUGUUCCUUCAGGACAAUUACAGCUUGGAGACGACCCAAAAGACGUACACCUGGUAGACGUCUUACCCACAGCAGUGAGUUUUGUAGCGGCACUUGAAGAGUUCCUGACCAGCAAGAAUAUUCCUGGACCCCAGCCAGCAUGAGCAAUAAGGGAGAUGAUUGCUAUUUCUACUAUUAUUCAACUUGCAGUAAGGGAGAUGCUUGCCCUUUUCGACACUGCGAGGCUGCCAUGGGUAAUGAGACCGUCUGUGGUCUCUGGCAGGAGAACCGGUGCUUUCGCAACAUUUGUAAAUACCGUCACAUGGAAAUAAAGAAAAAUCGCAAAGAAAUACCUUGUUACUGGGAAAAUCAGCCUGGUGGAUGCCAAAAGUCUCAUUGUGCUUUUCACCAUGAGAAGCCACGUUUUAUUGAUGGCCUUUUUGUUGCCCCAGACAAAGGGCCUGUAAUCCGAAAGGAAAGAGAAGAAGAAAUGCCACAGGUCGACCAUGCUUCAUCUCCUCCUGCUAACGUUUCUAGCACAACUAACCCACAGCUCAGAGGGGUCAUUAAGGUGGAGACUCAAGAGAGUGUCCCCAGUCCCACACACCCACCAGUAGUCAUUAAUCCCGUGGAUGAUGAGGAUGAUGAAGAUGUAGAUCAGUUUUCCGAAGAGGGAGAGGAAGCUUCUGGUGUCUCUCCAAAGAAACUGCUCAGCUUUGAAAGAGAUGACUCACUGAAUUUUGGUAUCAAAACACUUGAGGAGAUUAGGCUGGGGAAAGCUCUAAAGGCCAGUCUAAAUAGAGCAGGUCAUCCUUUUGUGCAAGGGUCGGAUUGUUUUGCCUCAAAACGGGGUAGCAAUGGAUCUGGCACAGAGAAGGAAAUAAUUCAAUCUGUUUCACAGAUGGGAGUAGUCAAUACAAUUGAUCCUGCUUUGGGGAAAUCCAGAAAAAGAAAAAUUACUGACAGGCUUGGAAAAAAAUCUGAUGAAGAAAUGGUUGUUGAAGGUGGUCUACAGCUGAAAGGCUCCCUUGCUAAACGCCUUGGUGAAUUUGUUGAUUCCACUGAGGAUAAAAUCAGUAUGCCUCCUGAGAAAGUUUUAGUUGUAAGAUCAGUUCGUGAACGACUUGGAAUUACAUCUGAUGGUAGUGCACCUAAGACACCAAACAGUGAGCCAAAGGGUUCCAGUGAGAUUCGGAUCAAAACUCUUGAGGAGAUUCGUCUAGAGAAAGCUUCUAAAUCUCAGAUGCAGAACAAAGGUGUGGACGUUGUCGCAGAGGCCCUCACAAAUACAUUACCUUCCACCAAAAAGGUAAAUAAGCCUGUCAGUGGGCACAAUGUAAAGACUUUCUCAGAAAUCCUGCAUGAAAAGAAGAAACUCCAGGAGACCAAGGUGGUGCCUCAGCAAGGUACUGCUAGUACUGAGAAAACUGAGGGUUCUUCAAUUACUGGAGUGAACAAACAGCAAGCAGCAGAGAUAAGAGUAAAGACACUUGAAGAGAUUCGUAAAGAAAAAGCUGCCAGAAUGCAAGCAAAGACCCAGGACACCACAAAUGAUGCACCAAGCUCAAGUGAUUCAGUCCCAAAAAGACGAAUUCUUUGCAUUGGCAAGACUGGGUCUGCUAGAUCUCAACAAUUACAGGAUUCGGAGAAGGAAAAGGUGGUGGACUGCCCCAACGAGUCCUCUGUAACAAAUGGAAAGAGCGAAACCUCCAUUCAGGAUGUAACGGUAAAGAGCUUUGAAGAGAUUAUGCGAGAGAAAAAACUUCGGAAGCAGCAGGAGCAGGCUGCAUCUUCUGCCGAGCCAGCUCAAGCUGCCCAGAAACCAAUCCCAGAACUUUGUGAAAAGAAGACUCCUGCAGUCAUCAGACAAGGAAUAAGCAUCCAGGCAAAUUCAUCCCUACAGGAAGCAAUCAGUCAGCAGACCUCUCCUGCUCCUUCUGUAGCACUUCAGAGGAAGUCUCCAGAGUUGCAGAACAUGGAGAACGCUCUGAAUAUAAGCCCUACGAAAUCAUCUGCUUCAAUGGCACCUCCUGUGCAAGUGUCAGAGAUGGCAGAUUCUUCACAAUCACAGGAGCCACACUGGGAGAACACUCAAGGAAUUACCAAGGUGCCCCACAGCAAAUCAGCUGACUUAAAAGUGAGACCCAAACUGAAUGUUAAACCAUCAGUGAUGAGGCCAACUCCUCCGGUGAAACCUGGCCAGAAAAGGAAAACUGCAGGCAUCCAUGGUUCUGCUGUUGCUGCAGUGAAACCUCUCAAUGCUGUCCCUGAUCCUGCUGCUGAGAAGAAAUUCAAGCAGACUCAGUUGUCUGCACCAUCCUGCACACCACUAGAAGUGGAAGCCAGGGUACAUCAGGCAUCAUCUCCUGCUGAGCAGGGCCCACCUGAUCCCCCUUCAGUUCCAAAAAGCCCUGUCAUUAAGACUCCAACCCAAACUCGGCCACGUCGAGCGAGCUUAGCUUCUGCACGUGGCAGUGCUCCUGCAGAAAACUCCUCCACAGUGGAUGAUUUUGAGGACCUUCUGGAUGAAUUUACUGAUGACAGGCUGGAGGAUGAGAUUGAACUGGACCCAGGCAAAGGCGAGGAUGACCUAUUGUUGGAGCUUUCUGAGAUGAUUGACAGCUAAUCGUGACCUUGUGGAAGACUGCUUCUCAUUCACUGAACUGUCAGUAAAUGAUCAUGUAAAAAAAAAAAUCAUGACUUAUUGGGCUAAGGCUUUUCUUUGCCUUUUACAACAAAAAAAUAUAUAUUUUAAACAUUGUUCAAAGUAUGUUUUAGAUUUUUUUUUUAUGUUGUUUACCCUUUUUAGUUUUGUUAUUUUGACUAAACAUUUUAAAUUUCUGCAUAUGUUCUGCAUAAAAUUUACUUCAAUAUUAAAGUCUGUUAUAAAGAUCUCAAAGAAAUUAUUUAUGUAGUUAUAUACAAAAAAAAAUUUGAUCACACUGUACAUUUAUAUCUUGUGUAUGGUAUGUGAAUUCUUUUUUUUAGUACAUGGAACUUGCAGCAAAUAAUGUAACAUUAAUGCAGAAAGUGUUUAUUUGUAUACUGUGUAUGCCUUGGACAAGGGAAAGCUGAUGGAAUGCAAGCGGUAUCUUAAUCAGUGCUCUCAUUUAUGUGAAUUAAUUUCCUGUUUGAAAUUGGAUUUCCUAAAUGUUUAUUGAUGGUGUAUUAUAUUCUUUUAACGACACACUUGUGAGUUUAAACCAGUGUCUUGAAUCUAGAAACGGAUGCUAUAGAUUUGUUUUGAAGUUUUGGACAUUUCAAACCCACUAUAUCUUGUUGCAUAUAUUUUGCUAUAUAUUUGGCUUCAGUUUGAAUCAUUCCCUUUCAAAAUUAUAAAUUGUGUUCCCCUUUUCAGUCCUUAAUUUUCUUAAUGUUUGUAAAGGUUCUCAGGGACUGUUUUAGCUUUCAAAAUAUUUUUUCUACUCAUUUGUGGAUUUAAGUACCUUUUUUCAAACAGAAUACCUUGUCUCUGUACUAUUGUUAGUUAAAACUUGACCUCAAGAUGACACUUAUAACCUAGGUUUGCAAAUUGGAUGAUCAGUUUUGGCAUAUACAUUUUCAGAUUAAUUGCAGCUUUGUGAUGGCUUUAUUAAAAUAUUUUCUAUAAUUACUUUUUCUGUGACAUUAUAAAGCUGUUCAUUGAUGCAACUUUUAUUUUUUUGGUCAUUUUAGUGUAAUUGUUGCCUUUCAGGACUGUUGCCAUGUCACAGCUCCUGAAUUCAAUCUUCUUAAAAUUACACUUUCUCUCGGUCAGUGGGUUUCAGGUGGAUUAGCAACUUUUUGUCCUAAUAGGGAAUGUUUGUUUGUUUGUUUGUAUGGUACACUGGAAUCUCAACCACUCUGUAUUUCUGCCUCUCAUUCAGAGUUUCAGGGAUAGCCACGGUGUCCACCACAGUUCCGAUCAGGAUUCAGUGAUUACUACAGUUAGAAAAAUGGGUGGAUCUUUAACAUAACUUUACUGUCAUUGUGAGAUUGUCAGUAUUUUACAGUGAAUUAAUUGCAAAAUAAAUAUAUGGGAUAUGUUGACUAAUAUAA